AUUCAGAUAUUUUAGCACCAAAGUGCAAGUGGGAAGUAAAAAAAAGAAAAAAAAUAAGGAUUUUGAUUUUGUAAUGUUUUGUUUAGCCUACUCAUUGCCUAUCUCAAUGUGAUUUUCUUCCCUGGUUAAAUAAAGGUAUAAUACAAUAAUAAUAAUAAUAAACCUCUACUCUAUAGCACACUCUUUCUUAGAUGUGAAUCAGGCCGUAUUUUGUCCUGAAAUUGAAGUUAAAAUUCCUCUUUAUACAUUCAAACAUUUCUUUGGCUACCCUGAACCAGUAAAUGAGAAUAAGCUAGCUACCUAUGGCACUUGUUUUAAGGCCUAACAAGUCAAUUAUGUACUGCUUGUGUGUAUACUGUAACGUAUGACUUUAAGCAUAGUGUAUUAGACAUGGAUGUGCUGUUUCUUACAAAAUUCCCAGUCCAUUCUAUGUCAUAAUCCCAUUCCCACAACCAGACUUUCUGAUUGGAUGAGCUGUAAACUUGACCCCGCCUUGUUUGCCAAUGAUUGAUGGCGAGAGGGACCAGUGAUUGUUGGCUGCUUGCCUUAAUUUGUACAUGUUGCGUUGUUCAGUUCUUAAUUUUUUUUUGUUAUUGUCGUUGCUGUUAUUGUUGUCGUAGAGCACCUUAUUGAGUUGAUAGGUCCUGACGUGGUGUUCCUUUAAGGAAAAAAAAAAUAUGAAACAAAAAGAAGAGACUAGUCAAUACCACCGUGCCUUCUGUCUAGAGCACUUCCUUUUUUGUAAGCUCACCAAAAGCACUUAUUCCUCAUGUCUCCUCGUCCUCCUCUUCCCCCUCUCCUCCUCCUCCUUGUCACCUCCACCCAUUUCCCAUUUGUUUUGAAAUCUCCUCCUCUUUGUUGAAGGUGUCAUUCAUCUUUCUAGUUGUUACCUUGUUGCCACAAUUUGUCUUAGUCCAUUGACUGAGGUUCACAAAUGGGACAAAUGGGAAGCUUCAGAGUCCACAAAUGGAAUGUGCACUCAUAGAUUUGCAUGCCGGCAUACAGACACACACACAAAAACAAAUACAGGCACAUGCAAGGUCACAUACACAGACAUUCCAACACACACACACACAUUCAGAUGCACAGACUCAAAUGAAUACGCCCAUACAAAACAUACACUGAGGCAAUUGUAUGAGGAAAUGGAUUUAUGUGCCAUCCAUCACACUUCAUUGUUUUAUUCUGUUGCUCUCCGUCAUCUCUUUCUCUCUCCUACUCUUUCAUCCCCUCUCCUCUCUUUCUCUGGCACCACUGGAAGGUGAUGUAAUCUGCGGUAUUAUGGCCUUUUAUUAUUAGAUAUUUGUUUUCGUUUAUUUUAAUUCGUUUUUUUUAUUAUUAUUUUAUUUUUGCAAUGCUGAUUCGAUGCCGAUGAGAUAGGAUCAAGCUCUUCUUCUGAUGAUGAUAAUUAUUAUUGGAUUUUUUGGUAUUGAGGGAAAAAAAAGAGAAAAGAAAAAAAAUGUGUCUGUUGAAUGUUGUACAGAUAGCACUAGACAUGUUGUGUGUUAAGUGAGAGGCCAAACUCAACUGCUGCUGAGAUCUCUACGUCACUCUCUCUCUUUUGUCCUGAUCAGCCUCAUCUAGGGUACAGUAACUCACCUUUUCUCCCUUAUUUAAACUUUCCCAGAUCUUCGGUUAUAGGGUCUUCUGAAAACAGGUGCCAUUCAUUUGAAAGGAUAGAAUUAUGCAAGAUCAAGGAUGCUAUAACUUCUAUUCUUACACCCUGAACGUACAAUGCUUAUACAGUCUGUCUGAUUGGAUUUAUAUUGAGGGACAUUUUAGUAGUAGAGAGCACCCAAGAAUGGACAGAAUCUGGGCACCUGAUGUAAACCAUCUCUGCCAGAUCUGUUCCAUCUUAGCAGGCCCUGAUCAAGGGCCUCUAUCCCAAACAUGUUGGUGUCUCAAUUAUUUAAUGAGGUUUGUUUUUGCUCUUAGCUCUUUUGGGAAACACACACAAACCCUGUUGACGUAUAAUAUUAUAUUAUAUAUAUUGUAAUGUAUAUAAAUUAUGGUCAAGUGGAAGUAUGGAACAGGGAGACCACAGCUUGAAGUAUUGAAGGUUGUUUUCACUCCACACACUGCGGCUCAUCAGGGGACCAGGCUAGGGAACAUUUAUCCAAUCUCUCAAUUACUCCCUGCCGAAGGUGCAUCUAAACACCAGUCAACAUUUGCAAAACAAAACACUCUCCGAGAAAUCUAUGGCCAUGCAGUGCAUACUGGGAUAGUUGCAGAAGACCCUUGGAUGAGGUGGUCAGGAUAGACACAGAGUGGGCAGGGAAGUGGCCUUAAGUUUGACCUCUCAUAUAGUUGGCUGCUAUUGCCAGUGCAGUGAGGGGAAACUGACCUAACAUAGUAGUGACUAAUAUGAAACUGUGGACUGAAAAAAAAAAAAACAUAUUAGAAAGGACUCAAUGAAAUAAAUUUAAAAGACAA